CGGUAAUUCUCAUCAGAAUUGUCCUGACUGGUGGCUCCGUCCAUUCCACUCCGCUUGUUCUGUUGUGUUAUGAAAACACACUACAGCUCGUGACCUAGAAAGACGUACCGGACUAACUGUGUAGGAAAGAAAAUAUCCAUCAGUUGUAUGAAGCCCUAUCAUCUUUCCCUGGCUUUAAUUGCCGCAACACUGUGGCUUUGUGAAAGCUACACUCUCAGGAACUCUGUAUCUUGGGCUGACGCCUCCAACGACGUCGUAGUGGGGGGAGAGUUAGACGCCGUGUCCGAGGAGGUCGCCCCGGCUCUGUUAGAGGACAACAGCGGGCUGUGGAAACAGGCCUACCCCUCCUCGGUGUUAGGGAAUGGCGUAGAUAAAAACAAAGAAACCGUCAAAUCCAAAAUCGAGGAUGCAACCAUCGUGUCCUCUGCAUCCAGGGUGUUCUCCUAUCGGAUGGAGGAUGUGAAAGCGCCCGCCAGUCCCCCAUCACCUCCCCCACAUCAGCAAACGGCGAGAACAGCCAGAUACAUGUCCCAUUACAGCGACUGGGGACAUCUCGCCACGAUCUCCACUCAAGACAAGAUAAAGGGCCUGCCGUUUGGGAAUGUCCUCUCCGUCAGUGAUGGCCCGAUGGACAACAGCACAGGAGUCCUCUAUUUCUACGUUACUCCGAAGGACAACAUGGUAGCAGACCUGAGAAGCUUCCCGUUCGCCUCACUCACGUUCUCCGAGGCUGAAGGGGACUUCUGCAGGCAGCUGGUGUAUGACCCAGGGGACCUCCGCUGUGCCAGGCUGACAUUGACUGGCAAGAUGGUGGAUGUGGGGCCGGAGGAGGUGGAGUUUGCCCGGCGGGCCAUGUUCUCCAGACACCCCGCAAUGAGGAAAUGGCCAGUUGAGCACAAGUGGUUCUUCAUGAAGCUGGAGCUCACACAGGUCUGGCUGCAGGAUUGGGUUGGACGGGUGUCUCUCAUCUCCCUUGAAGACUACUUCAAAGCCACGCCUUACUGAGACAGAGGAGAAUCUUGUGCCGUGCGUAAACAGGACGGCAUGUUGUCUUCUCUGGGUGGUGCAGAAUGUCCUCAGACCACGUAAACAUCUGACAGCUUCUGAAAGCUGAUGUUCUGGACUUUUUAUUUUUUUAGAGGAAUAAGACACCAAAAUCGAAGGCUCUAAGUUCCAAACUAUUUUAAAGAGAAAGUGUUCAAUUCUAGGUCUUUUCUAGAAGGUUUUACCUAGAACAUGCAGAGGCCAAACAAUCGCAAGACGUUGCCCCUGUAUAACAAUCAGUUUGCACUAACUGCUAAACAUAUUUUAGCUGCUCAAGGGAAAGCUAUUAAAGAAAGUGAAUGUAUAGCUAGUAAGAUGUUGGCACCAUAUGAGCUGUGAUGUUAUGAUUUUUGUUGAUGUUAUGAUUUUAGUUGACUACUGAAUGAUUUAUUUUGUUUGCAGAUGUUGUUUAUCAAAUGCUAUCACCUUUUGCAUAAUCUAACGUCGUAAAGCGAGAUGACGACUAAUCAAAGGAGGCGCAGGGCUGGUUGACACAGAUGGACUCUGGUUUGAAGUGUUCUUGAGUGCUGCUUACUAACAACUCACAUUUCUUUAGUUUGCUCUGAUGCUGUUUGAGUCAGAAGGAGAUUUCAAAAUGGUUGGUGUUAUUGUUGUAUAAUCUAAAGAUGUUAUAGAUUGUAUGAAUACUGUGGACACACUAUGCUUGAAACAUAAUACAAAAGAUUUGGUCAAAUAA